UCCAGACCAGUUGUAGUAGUGACCAAUUUACACUACCUGAUUUACCUACCACUGAAAUGGAUGAAGAAUUGCAGCCCUGCAGUAGUCACCAUGGACUACUGUCGGAUACAGGGACCCCAACAGUAAUUUUCAAUUGGACUGCCAGGACCAAGAGUGCCUCUAGUAACCAGAAAGACAGAAACAUUACUGCUCUUGAGAUUCUAAAAGAACUGCAGCAAAAGAUUCAGCCAAAUGGGAAAAAAAAUACAAUAAAUGUGGACAGAAACAACAUUUUAGAUUGUAAAAAUUCAUUUAGAAGAGAGAAAUUCAAGGAGAAUCAACCUUUGUUUGUGCGGUUUUCUGGAGAAAAAGGGAUAGAUGAUGGAGGCCCUUCCAGAGAAUUUAUGAGAAUGAUGAUUAGAUCUAUUGCUCAGUCAUCCAUAUUUGAGGGAAAAGAAACAAACCAAAUGCUGUCGCAAAAUCUGAUGGCGGAGAAGGAUGGUGAUUAUGAAACUUAUGGCAAGAUUAUUGCAUACUGUUUGGUGAAUGGUGGACCAGCACCGACAUUCAUGUCAGAGUUUCUGUACGGACUAUUGGCCUAUGGUCCGGAGUUUGCUGACCCCACUAUUGAAGAUAUUGUUGACGAUGAAUACAAAGAGCAAGUGCAAAAGAUUGAAAUGUCUACAGAUAUAGAAUCCUUUUUUGAUGCAGUUGAUCCUAUAAAGCCACUUUUAGACUACAUAGGUGGCCUAUCACUGGCUGUGAAUCCCAAGAAGAAAAAUGAACUGGUACAUACUCUUUGCCGUCACAUUGUUGUCACCAGAGUUGAGAAGUCUCUUCUUCAGUUUACCAAUGGUUUAAGAUGUUUGGGAGUGCUAGAUAUGAUCCGAAAAUAUCCAGAUGCAAUGAAAGAAUUGUUUGUCUACACAAGUGACACUGUGUUGGAUGCCAUUGAAAUGGACAAUCUAUUUCAAGUUACUUUCUCAGAAGAAGGUAGCAAUAAGUACAUCAAUGAAUUAAAGGUCCAGACAUUUUGGCGGGAUUAUCUGGUUGACCUAGAAGAUACACCAGACAAGUUCAAGUCCCUGCUUGCAUUCAUCACUGGACUGGAUUCCAUUCCUCCUUUAGGGUUUUCACCCCCACUGACCUAUAAGUUCAGGCAUCCAGAGUCGGAUGAAAAUUUUACUCUUUUGGCAACUCCCUAUGCAAAUACUUGUACAAAUACCUUAAGCAUUCCUGUUACAGACACAUACAAAGCUUUCAAAGAUGUGAUGGACAACGCUUUGGAAUUGGGAUGUUUGUUUACUGAUCAUUGAGUGUCAUUUUGAUCGUCACCUUUAAGUGUUUCAUUAUUUUUAUACGCCGUCUUUAGACGGGACGUAUUAUCGUACAGCGAUAUCUGUACGCCUGUCCGUUCGGGGUUUUCUGUUUCUAUAAUUUCAUUUCUCUGUCACAUAUCAAGCUGAAACAAUGCUAUGUAGGUUCUUUGUGGAUCACUCUAGAUGAUCCAUUUCAACCUAUCUUGCAGGAGUUUUGCCCCUUUAUUUGAAAAUUAUUGUUAAAUGGAGGGUACAUAAUUUGUCUAUCUCCUCCCACAAUUAUCAAGUGAGGACCACCUUGUUUUACAGAGUGUUUGUAUGGAUAUUGAAAAUGUGCAUGUGACAAGGAUUUAUUUUCUUCAAUUCUGAAGAAAAUUACAGGUUGUUGAACUUAGUCAGUUUUGAGAAACUAUUGCAAAGAGAGUACAUGCUUUGUUUAGUGAAUUCGAUCCUCCCACAGUUUUCAAGUGAGAUUCUUCUUAUUUCACAGAGAAUUUGUAUAGGUAUAGAAGAUGUG